CGCCUUAACGUGGUCAAUUUCUCUGUUUACCUCUGGCGCACGGAUUCGAGAGACGGAUGAUUUCCGGUCAAGAUAAUUGAGUUUCAAAAAUAUCGCAGGAAAUACCUGAUAUGGAAAUCACGAAAUUCCACGGCUCGUGAGAUCUCCACGUUAUAUUGUUGAAUAUCAAGUUCUGACUCAUUUUCAUUCGCUCAUUCGAAGACAUUUGCGUAACUUGUUCGUCAUUCAUUAACUACGAUAGAGCGAAAUUGUGGGAGAUAUACACGACGACGACGGUCAGCGAGUGCUGCUCUAAGAAAAUGACGCUAAUUGAUCGCAUCCUGAUUAAAACUGAAUGGACAAGUGAAUGACGUCGUAUAAUUGGACUACAAGAAAAAAUAUGGUGUAUAAUUAAAAAUUAGGUAUCAUAAUUUACAGCGGAAAUAACAAUCAAGAGGUAUGGGCUCCAUCCAUAACUUUUUCGAAGAAGUAUAUGAUCGAUAUGCAGUACAAUACAGGUACAACAUGGAUCGCAUGUACGAAGCCAUCAGUUUGUUCCGUCGUAAAAAAUACGAUGAAUGCAUAGAAAAAUGUACCGAAAUCCUAGACUCCAAUCCUCUGGAUCAAGCCGCUUGGUGUUUGAAAAUGCGCGCCAUAACUCAGAGAGUUUACGUGGACGAUAUAGAAACGGAGGAUGCUUUGGAAAGUGACAUUUUCGAUACUAACAUCGUUGCCACAGCUCCCAGGCCAGGCACAUCGCUGAAAACUUCUGUUGCAUCGACUUCCUCAAACAAUUUACCCUUCAGUGCCAGACCAAGGACCUCUACAGGUCGUCCCUUGACUGGUAUUGUCCGUCCAGGAACCCAAAAACGACCAGGUUCAACUCUGGAAUCCCUGAAAACCUCGCGACCACUCACAAGCCAAUCUUCCCGAGCCAUACGAAUAGGCACAGCCGCUAUGUUGUCCCAGAAAGAUGGCCCUUUCAUCCAAGUAUCAAGGUUGAACAUCAGCAAGUAUGCAAGAGACCCCUGCUUAUCAAAGCCACUCUUCGAAUAUCUCUUCUACUGCGAAGGGGACGUCAGGAAUGCAAUGGAGCUGGCGGUACUGGCCACUCAAUAUUGUGAAUUCAAAGAUUGGUGGUGGAAGGUUCAGCUGGCCAAAUGCUACGUCGUACUAAGUUUACCCAGAGAGGCGGAAGAACAGUUACGAAGCGCCUUGAAACAGCAGAAUCACGUGGAGACCUUUAUCAGAUUGAGCAGGAUAUAUACCAGAUUAGAUCAACCAUUGGCAGCUUUAGAUGUAUGCAAAACGGGUUUGGAGGUAUUUCCCAACGAUGUUACGCUUCUGGUGGAAAUGGCAAGGCUGAAUGAAAAUCUGGAAAACAGCUCUAUGUCCAUCAGGUUCUACAGGAGCGCCGUCAUCGAAGAUGCAAUGAACACUGAGUCGAUAGCAUGCAUAGGCAUGUAUCAUUUUUACAAUAAUCAACCUGAAUUGGCUCUCAGGUAUUACAGACGAGUUUUGGCUAUGGGGGCUCAUUCAGCUGAGCUAUACAACAAUCUAGGUCUUUGCUGUUUGUAUUCUCAGCAACUCGAUUUGACGCUUUCCUGUUUCCAAAGGGCGCUAGAUCUAGCGAUAGAUCCCUUGAUCAAGGCUGAGGUCUGGUACAACCUAGCUCACACCGCCUUAGCUGCUGGAGAUCUAGAAUUGGCAAUACUCUGCCUCAAUAUAUGCAUAAAUGCAGAUCCUACACACGCUCCAGCUUUCAAUAACUUGGCGGUUUUACACCAGAAAACUGGUCGGAAGGAUUUGGCCAAGGUAUAUUUUCAAUCUGCGAAGAAUUUGCAGGAAGAUAUGGAGGAAGCCAAUGCGAAUUUGGAAAUAUUAUUGAAAAAAUAAUGUAAAUAUAGGAGAGAAUAAAAAGUGA